AUGUCUCAUAUUGCUUUCUCUGAAGUGAGAACGCAAUCCGGAAACCAUGAUACUCGAGAUUCUCUAGAGCUGGCUUCUCUGGCAUCCUCAGAGUCUCCUGGCUCUGUAGGACGUACGUCUCUGUCGUCAUCCCCGUCCGGCGCGGCCUCAUCGCGCAAGCUGUCCCUUGACGACGACGAUCCUCUUGCUGGCACAGCGCCAGGUGUCAACGACGAUCGCCCCAGGCCUGGACGCUCCUACUCGAUAUCGUCUGCCUUCGACUUUGGAAGCACCCUUUUCCCGCUGUCGCAAACAAAUGGCGGAUAUGCCCCCCUCGGCGCCCCGUCACAAUUCUCCUUGGACCGUCAGAACGGGAUUCUGACUGGCUCGUUGGAGAAGAAUAAAACAUUGACAUACCUGAAUGGACUAUCUCUGAUUAUCGGCCUCAUCAUCGGAUCGGGAAUCUUUUCGUCGCCAAGCCAAGUGAAUGCGAAUGCAGGGUCCCCGGGUGCUUCGCUCAUAGUGUGGGUGGUGGCAGGUCUGCUGGCAUGGACUGGUGCGGCAAGCUAUGCAGAACUGGGAGGAGCAAUUCCACUCAAUGGAGGCGCUCAGGUGUAUCUGGCAAAGAUCUUUGGGGAGCUUGCCGGAUUCCUCUUCACGUGGUGUGCGGUGUUUGUUCUGAAGCCGGGAUCUGCAGCCAUUAUUUCGAUCAUAUUUGGAGAGUAUGUCGUGCGCGCGUUCGUCGGAGCUGAGGUUGAGCACAUCAACCCCUGGAUCAACAAGGGCGUUGCCUUGGCGGGACUGUUUGUUGUCACGUUCUUGAACUGUCUAUCAACAAGGCUUGGGACACGUAUCGGGGACCUGUUCAUGUUCUUCAAGUUCAUUGCCUUGGUGGGAGUGACAGUGACUGGAAUCGUGGUUGCGAUCACUGGUUUCUCAUCGAAGGGAACGGCGAGUAAAGAAUGGAAGACUACCGGCUGGUUUGAGGGCACGAGCACGGAUGUCUCAGACUGGGCUGUGGCCCUAUAUGCUGGUCUCUGGGCUUUCGAUGGAUGGGACAAUACGAACUAUGUAACCGGCGAGUUCAAGAACCCAAAUCGCGACCUUCCCCGCGUCAUCCACACAGCGAUGCCGCUGGUCAUCGUCUGCUACUUGAUGGCGAACAUCGCUUAUUUUCUGGUGCUUCCACUAUCGACGAUUGAGAGCAGCAAUACAAUUGCUGUCCAGUUUGGAGGACAAGUCUUUGGACCUGUUGGAGCCCUCGUUUUGGCAUUGGUUGUAUCAGCUAGUUGCUUCGGAGCGCUCAAUGCUACGACGUUCACCAGUGGCAGACUCGUGUAUGCUGCCGGGAAGGAAGGCUACUUGCCUUCUUUAUUUGGGAAACUCGGUAUCCGCGGCUCUGCUGACACGACCGGCGGCCGAUUGCGGCACCGUUCAUGGUUUCGUAAGGCGUUAUCGCGCUUGUUCGGAGAUGAUGUUGGAAUUGGCUUCACGCCCAUCAAUGCGAUGAUCUUCAAUGGAGUACUUACAGCAGCCUAUACGAUAGUAGGCGAGUUCGCCACAUUGGUGACAUUUUAUGGGGUUGCUGGAUAUACCUUUUACUUCCUCACUGUUCUCGGCCUGAUUGUGCUGAGGAUUCGUGAGCCUCGCUUGGAGAGACCCUACCGGACUUGGAUCACUACUCCUAUUAUUUUCUGCUGUGUCAGUCUGUUUCUGCUCAGCCGUGCCGUUAUUGCGGAGCCACUUCAAGCUCUGAUAGUUAUUGCCUUUAUCAUGGUUGGUGUGCCUGUCUACUUCUGGCGAAUCUACCAGCGUGAUGGGAAACUCAAGUUCCCUGGUUGGAGAUUUUGGAAGUAA